AAGACAACAUUACCAAUCACCAUCAACAUGUUCAAGCUGCUCCUGAUUGCUGCACCUCUUUUGGCUUGCGUCCUCGCUGCUCCUCCCCUAGGAUCCGAUGCUGUCAUUGAGAAGUUCGUUUCCGCAUCGGAUGAGAAUGGAUAUGGCUUCCAAUAUGCGCUAAGCGAUGGCUCCCACUUCUCCGAGGAGGGACAAGGCGGCAACUAUGCCCAUGGCACCUUCGGUUACAUUUCCCCUGAGGGCAUUCCCUUCGCUCUCACUUACACCGCCGACGCCACCGGCUAUCAUCCUCAGUCCGAUGCUCUGCCCACUCCUCCCCCAAUCCCAGAGGCCAUUCUGAGGAGCAUCCGUUACAUUGAGGAGCAUCCCACACCUGAGGAGCUGGCUGAUCGUGAGGUGCGCAAAACUCAGCUUUAAGCGUAUCAUUGUUGCUCAUUAGUCGUAGGCUUUAUUUAGUGUAUAAAAUAAUUAAUUCAUUUCAUGUUUACAUACAA